AUGAGGCGUCGGAGGAGUCUUCUUCCAAUACCAAUAUUCAUAUUUCUACUGGGGCCAGUUUUGGUGAGUAUGAGGGUUCCACACAGUUGUGCAGUAACCCGUCGCUUUAAAACGAUGUAUUUCAGUUGUCUGUGAAGAUUUCAAAAAGUUGUCCAUUGAUAAAGUGAUCAGCAAGAUAUUAUGUACAUUUUAUCAGUUGCCAACUUUUUGAUAUCUCUAAUAGCAGCUGAGCGACAUCGUCUUGGGAGUCCUUCUCUAUAACGGUAAUCAUCUCACUUUUGCAGGUGACACCCCAAACGUACGAUGCGGUGCCGAUCGGCCGCCCGUUCCUCCGUCCGCCACCAUCGCCGCGCCAGGAACCCGAACCGCAGACCGCCCGUGGCUACCAACCGCCGCCCAGACCCUCGCACUUCAACCCGCCACGUAGCUAUCCGACGUUCCGACAACCGUCGCUCAACUUGGACGCCAGGCCCCGCCCACAAUUCAACUGGCAGAUGCAGCAGCUGCAACAGCAACAUCCGCAGAGGUUCCAGCAGCCGUUCAAUCAGGUCAGUCGUUUAUUUUAUGCCGCGUCCAAAGUCUCGGAAAACCCCGCAAAUCUCGCGGAUUUUGCAGUCCAAAGUCGGCAGAAAUUGUCGGGAAAUUCGGGGUGCUCACAGCUGAACGAGUGUUACCGUACACCAUAAAACUACGGUAUUUUUUGAAAAUUUGCCCAAGAAAUUUGAAAAAUUGCAAAUAUUCUCGAGAAAUUUAAAUUUUUUCAAAAAAUACCGUUGAAAAUUCACCCAAGAGAUUUGAAAAAUUGCAAAUAUUCUCGAGAAAUUUAAAUUUUUUCAAAAAAUAUCGUAGUUUUAUGAUGUACGGUAGCACUCGUUCAGCUGUGCGCACUCCGGGUUUCCCGCAAAUUUCUGCCGACUUUGGACUGCAAAAUCCGCGAGAUUUGCGGGUUUUCCGAGACUUUGGACGCGGCAUCUAUUAUACAGCCACUUUUUCAGAUUCCAUCUCUUCCGCACAGUCACUUCAGAGCCGGAGCCCCAGGGCAAGUGCCAGUCGCGUCACAAACUCCACAAUUCCAUGUAAGUCUGCAAUCGAAUGUGUCAUGGGAUUGUAUGGGAUUUCCUGCACUCUUCUCAAUGCACACCUUUUUUUCCCUUCUCCUGCACUUUGUGGUUAUCAUCUUGUUCAGGACGUUGCGUGUAUCUAUUGUACCCGAGUUUGGCUUGUGUUAAAGUUUAAACGUAUUGUACUGUGUACCCUCCUAUCUGUCUUGUUCUUCAUGUACCUUUUGUACCCCAGCUUCUCUAUUGUCGGGCAUGUUUGUAUUAUCUUUCCCGUCUGGAUCUAUCAGUGUUCUAGGGAUUACUGUGGCUCUCAUCCUCAAUUCCAGACAUCGCACAUCCGAAUUCCGACCUCUUCGACGCUCCGAAAGCAGACACAAGUGGAAGUGACACCUGCAGAUCCGCAAAAUGUUUUCCAUUUUUCUACAUUCAUCCAUUUUCUAAUAACUUUUUUUUCGAAAAACCAUCUAGCCACAUCAUUAGACUCGCAAAUUUAAACGUUUUAUUCAGGGUGGUCAACUGGACCCGGUCAACAAUAUCAUAAUCCAUUUGUACCUGAACGCUAAGGACCGAAUGUCUCACGCCGAGAUUAAAACGCCAGUGCACGGGCUGUUCGGCAUCGGAACCUCGCAUGGCGGUCCCGGAUCGCAUUCGGAUCCGAUCGUGAUCACCAAGGAUUUCGACAGGGACACAUUGGAGUUUGUGGAUCAGGGACAGGCGGCGGUGAGUGAAAAUAAGUGUUUGACUAGGAGAAGUUUCCAAUUGGGCAGUCUAAACAGUACCAUUUUCGAGUUACCCGUUCUCUAGGCUCGAAUUGAACUUCUAUUAGUGUAGAACAGAUUUGAGCGGAAGAACACGGAAGAAUUUUUAUCUUUUUUAGAAAAUUUUUUCAUGGAAUCUGAUCAACUGACGAAAUGUAUAGCAAAGUGAACUCUGUUCAUAGAAAAAUAAUUGUAAAUUUAACUUUUCAUACAAAAAAGUUAUUCGAGUUGUUGCGUGAAAAAAGGGCUAACGGGGAAGACGGAAGGAAUAACUUUUUUGUAUGAAAAGUUAAAUUUACAAUUAUUUUUCUAUGAGCAGAGUUCACUUUGCUAUACAUUUCGUCAGUUGAUCACAUUCCAUGAAAAAAUUUUCUAAAAAAUAUAAAAAUUCUUCCGUGUUCUUCCGCUCAACUCUGGUGUAGAAAGGUCCCUAACUCGUUGAGACUCUCCCUAACUCUACUUCUUUGUUUUCCAGCAAUUGUCCCGAAACGGUCAAAAGAACAUAAUCGAGGUGAAAGCGACGGUGAGCACUCCGAAUCGUCAACUGGAGAACACAGUGAAUCAUGCGGUGAACCAAGAGCUCAACAGGGCGAUUCCGAAAGUGAUGGACAGAAUGCGUGGCAGUACGAUGACGAUGGACAACGGAAUGCGCAAAGAGUUGGAAGAGGCGUUGGUCGACGAGUUGGCCAAGAACCUCGGCGAGACGAUCGAUAAUACCGAUAUUACGGAGGAGGAUUUGUCGCGGUUGAUCGAGGAGGGCUUCGAUGAGGUGACGAAGGGAGAGGCGACGACUACGACUACAAGUACCAUGAGGCCACUGCCUCCGGUUACUGCAUUCAUGACGAGAUCUACCACGACCACUACUAGGAGACCUACUACUACUAGAACUACGACUACGAUCACAACAACCACAACUCCAAGGCCAACCACCACUACCACUAGAAUCACUAGACGCCCACCGCCACCCACAACCACAACUGAGUGGUCUAAUUUGGUCACUGAGCAGAGUAUUGACGCCGACUAUUUUACUGAAGUAUGUUUUUAUAGACGUUUUCUCGAACAACGCAUACGUUUUAUAGGAAAGCGAAGACAUCUCCGAGACCACGACCACUACAACGAGAAGAACUGUCGUUGUUACGAGUCCGUCGACCACACGGGUCUGGACUACACGGCCCCGACCGACUACUACUACUACUACUACAACUACAACUCAUGAGCCUUGGACUCCAACUUCAACGCCAACUACAACUUCUUGGAGUCGACCGACCAAUGGACAUGUUCAUGUGAUGCCAGGCAUUCGGGUUACUGAGGUGAGAAGUUAUGACUCGCGGACAUUUAGAAACUAGGUACCAGUGUUGAGCGGAAUUCCGUCUGCCGUCUUCCGUCUUCCGUCUUCCGUGGAUUUUUUUGUUCCGUCUUCCGUCUGCCGUCUGCCGUCUUCCGGGAUUUUUUCUUCUUGCCGUAAAAGAGUAAUAGCUUUUCAGAAGCCAUUUACUAGUCCCGAAGAACGCGAAUUUCCACGGGCAGUGACCCGAUCCAAAAUUUUUGUUGCUUUAGUUAUUUUUUCAAAAAAAAAAAACCGGAGAAAAACUCUGCAUUGCUCUGCAUUGACGAUUUUUUAUUCCGUCUUCCGGGAGAAAAAUGUUCUUCCGUCUUCCGUUUUCCGUGUUCCGUAAGAAAAUUUUUCUUCCGUCUGCCGUCUGCCGUCUCCGCUCAUCUCUGCUAGGUACUGAGAUACACGAAUAGUGACAAAAAUAAACAGACAAUAGUGCCAAAACUUUGGUUUGGAAGAGCUAGAAAUUGAACACGAAAUCUUUCAGACAACGUUGCCAACCACAAGUACAACCACCACUACCACCACAACUACAACUCCAAGACCAAUUACCACUACCACUACAACCAGACCUCCGUCUCCCCCACCUUCUCCUCCAACAACAACAACAACAACAACAACAGUCCCACCGUAUCGUCCUCCAGCACCGCCAGUAGCAACGUUUGCUCCAGAAGAAGUAGUGACAUCUCCGACGCGAAAAGCCGAAAUUCCUACGCGAAAGCCGAUGAUCGAAGUUUCGCCGUCGGUCGUUCCGCACCGAGGAGUGGUGAAUUUAGAGUCGAACGAGGAGGAGGAUUACGGGAAGACGGUGACGUCACCGCUAGUCAGCAUUUAUACUACCGGUUUGUAAGGACUUCUUGGUUUACGUUAUUUUUGGUUCUUCCAGAACGUUCGACCGCUCUGCACAAUCUGCCGACGAAGCCCUCAUUUGCUCCGACUCUUCAUCCGUCCACAUUCAGUCCUCCUCUGGUAACUGCCGACACGACCACUUCUGAAGCACUUCCGAUCACGUUUGAACGCUCCACCACUUUCUCCACAGCACCUCCAGAAGUUUCGCAAGACUUGAGCACAUUCUACGAGACGCAUUCCACGUUGAGCACAUCCGCGCGCACGAAAAAGAUCGAGGUGGAGCCGCACACAAAGUUCACGGAAGAGCCUUUCUUCUCGACGAGCAGCGUCGAGUGGAAUCCGACGACGACGACACUUGACGAGGGCGAUGCGCCGUUCUUCACAAACGGACCCGAUUGGGAGAACGGGGCUGAGCUGACGGAAGAGCCGGAGUCAACUACGCGGGCGUCGACUUCAAGUGUAAUAAUAAUAAUGGAUGAAGACUAUGACUACACUAACGAGUUUGCCAUUCCUCUCACCACUAGUACUACUCCUUCUACUCCUCCUCCUAGCUCUACUGCUCAACCACAACCACUUAACACUUCAUCUGUAACCAUAACGUUUCCCCAAAUCCCGACAAGUCUCUUUGAAUUUUCAGCAAAAGCCCACAAAACCGACGAUGACGUCAUCGGAAGAGAUCCAGCCAAACAUUGUGAUCCCGAGUGGUCCGUGUCCGACUCCCAAUCAACCGUGGGACGGCAACCGGACCGACGUGCUGUUCCUGCUCGAUUCGUCCGACGCGUUCAACGAGCAAAAGUUCCAAAGAGCGAUCCGUCUCAUCGGCGAUACCGUCGCGCAGUUCAACAAUUUCGGGCCCGACGGGGUGCAGGUGUCUUUGGUGCAGUACAACGACGAACCGUACUUGGAGUUCUCGUUGCGAAAGCACAAUUGUAAGAAGCACUUGUUGGAGGACAUUGCCGACACUGAGUAUAUGACGGGCGGAAGUCAGUUGGAUAAAGCUUUGGAGAAGGUGUCUCAGUUUGCGUUCACCAAAAAGAGGGUAAGUUGUUGAUUCACAAUAAGUGUUAUUAUGUGAAAGGUGGUGUCCAACGUGACAUACAACAUAUUUAAAAAAAUGUUUGUUUUUCCGGGUUUUUCGCUCAAUCUUCGGUUUGCGCGCUGAAAAAUAAAUAGAAAGAGAUCGCUCAAUCAUUUCCUGAGUCUUAAUUAAAGUUUGCGAGUUACAGAAAGUUCUAUUUUGCAAAGUAAUGGAAAAAAUCCAAAACUUCCUAUUUUCAGUUUUACAAAAAGUGGCUGAAUUUCUGAAUUUUGCUGAAUUUUGAAAGACUUUUUUGGCGUCACGGCACAGAAAAAUUAUAAAUUUUUUUAAAUAUUGCAAAUAAGUGUGUUCAGUGAAAAAACGAUUGAAAAUUUAAGAAAAUUGCGCGAAAACGGAAAAAAAUCGGAAGAAAGAGGAAUUCCAUCCGGGGACUAGAAAAAUCUAGGCCAGCUAGCUCUUCCAUUUCGCCGUGUACUUCUCUCGGUACCAUUAACUUUUUUGAAAAAAAUCUUCAAAAUCGGGGAAUUUUUUUCGUAAUUCGGGACUUUGGGAAAGUGAAUGCCCCGCUUCGAAGUUUAUUUUAAAAAUAUACUGUAUGUCACGUUGGACACCACCUUUAACCUGUACUUUCAGGGAGACCGCCCGGCCGCUUCAAAUGUCUUGAUCAUAGUCACAGACGGUCAAUCCAGCGACCGAAUCCAACAACCGACGCGUCUAUCCAAUCAGAACAACGUCACCACGCUGGUUAUUUCAACAUUAGAGGCCGAUAAGGAGUUUGUGAAGGAACUGGCUGGAAACCAAGAUUCGAACGUGUUUGGACUAGAAGACGUGGACAAGGAACUGGCGUGGAAGUUGGCAAAGCGAAUCAACGAGGCACAGAGUCCACAGACUUCUGUGGAAACCGCUCCACAACCACCACCAUCACCUGCUCCAAUCGGAACCUUGACUCCAGUCCAUCCUGCCGAUGAUCUUGAUGAUUCUAGCAACUCAAACUCGCUCACGACCAGAAGACCAACUCACACUGAAAACGAGGAGCGAAUCGUGAAUUUGGAGUGUGUGGGCGAUGGCUUCAAGAUCAAAGUGUCUCCGCCGCCGGGCUUCCGUGGUGUCGCAGUCGUUAAGGGAUAUCAGGAUGAGGCCAAGUGUCAGGCGGUAAGAUUGAAUCCUUGAAGAAUAGAAAUGUAAAUGUGCACUUUCCAGACAGCCACCUCUGAUGGUGAAGUGAAUCUGUUCAUUGCGAACGAAGAGUGCGGAGUGACACAGGUACAAUCCUUCGAGCCGAAGGGUCUCAACUCUUCCCUGGUGAUCCACUUGCUCCACGACAAAGAGCUGAACACCUUCGAAGACCGUGCCUACCUCCUCCAAUGCUUUAUCGGCACCGCACACGACACCGAGCUCUCCACAAACCUCGACGUCGUCAGAAGCGAGCUGGCCAUCGCGGAGACCAUCUCCCUGUCGACGCUUCCGCCGACGUGCACCUACAGUAUCCGGAGGGACGGUCCGGAUGGGCCGAUCCUUUCGAAGGCCGUCGUCGGACAAACAGUCUUCCAUCGAUGGGAUUGUGACGGCUCGAACGAGACGACGAAUGCGUACGGCAUCCAAGUGCACAGCUGCUACGCCAGUGAUGACGUGGAACGUAAGUUCGCUCUCGUGGAUCCACGCGGAUGCUCGUCGGAUCUGACGCUCCUCUCCGAUUUGCAAUACGCCGACGACUCGUUGACUGCGUGGGCGGUCAGUCACGUGUUCAGCGUGCACAACGCGGAUUCGCUAAAGUUUGUGUGCAAAUUGUCGUUGUGCACCAGAGACGGAGACGGUUGUGAAGGCGUCACGCCGCCCUCGUGUGGAAACACGAACAAAACUGGCCUGCUUCUCACGAAACGACUCGCCAAAGGUCCGAAUUCUGUAGAUGGUGAGAGUGUUGACGAAGAUCUAAGAAAAGGCUAAACGCCUCAUCAUUCCAGAAGCCCUAACAUCGGCGCUCUCCACAAAAGUGGGCCUUUCGAAUCAAUCAGCCGACGGCCUCGAAGACGUCCUCCGGGCUCUGGCCUCUAGUUACAUUUUCUGGAUCGUAGCCGCUGUUGCCGUGUCCGGAAUCGUCGCCAUUUGUGAGUGCCGUCUCCCAAUUUCUCAACUUUUUCUCCCGUUUCUAGCCCUCUAUUCUCGAAGCAUCGCUGAAAACGCGGAAACGGCGACGACCUGCUCGGAUCCGACGACGUCAAUGUCCGAUUCGCAGGUGGGUUUCGUAAUAAAGAAGUGUUUCAGAGUAUGAGAGUAUACAGUAGUAUGGUUGACAAACCCGAAUAAUGAAAAUGUUUCAGCGAGAGUCUCCUAGACCCGUAAGUUUUCUCCUACAUGUUCUCUUGGUUCGAUUCGGUUGGGAACUGGUUGUUGUAAAGACGUUUUGCAACCGCAACUGGUUGCAAAGUGUCCUUGUCAAUAGUUGCUAGUCGGGCGUAGUUGUUUGUUAGUUGGCUUCAGUUCAUUCUACUCUGUCCGAGUUUCUGCAAAGAUUUUGUGCUCAACUGGUUCCUCCAGUUUUAGAAACUGGUUUCUGUAUGCAAAGAACGCUUGGAUACCGGGUAGAACCCUAGUAAAGUUUGGAAAACGCGUGGUGUACCGACCAAUAAUUGAAAAAAGUUGACUCUUCCAGGACUUUGGCGGUUCGCUGCGUUCGAUGGACUCGACUCCGCCGCACGCUCCGAACGAGAGAUUGGCCGAUUUCAUGCGAUCGUUCGACCGAAAUCGUUACGUCUAA